AUGGACAAGCACGAUAACAUUGAAUCAACAGAUGCCUCUCUUGAAGAAUCAACAACUAUUAAACGUGAUGAACAACAUUCGGCCCCUUCAACACCUUCGUCCAUCAUUCCGAAGCAAUCACUGGAAAGAUUUCAAUUUAAAAACACAAUCAAAGCCGGCGGAUCCAUUCGUAUUAGACUUGCCAGAGAAAACAAAUUUAUUAAAGAACACGAUAGUAUAUCAGGCACCAUAGAUGUCAAAUUAACUGAAGGCUUGGAUUCAUCCCUAUCUAAAAAACUGAUAUUGAGAUGCAAAGCCUUUGAGCGUCUUCUCAAGAAACAAGAGAAUGAACAAUUCGAGUUGGAAAAAGAAAAUGUAUUUUGCUUGGAUUACAUUUUAAUCAAGGACUUUAUGAAUGAAGACCUCGAAAUUGGCCAGCAUUCAUAUCCAUUUACUUAUCUAUUACCGGAUAGAAUUCCGACAAGUAUAUUCCAUGAAAGAAAUGACACUCAAUACGUCAUUUGUUACAAACUCAAAGCGUUCCUAGUAACAGAACAUGAUGCAGUAACGUUGCAACCUCAUUCUCCUUCUCCUCCAACUUACACAGAGCAGAAACAUUCCCAUCAACAUCACCAUCCUAACAAUGAAGAGAUGACACAGAACCAACAUCAAGAAAAAUCUUCCAAGAAAAAAUCCCUUGUUGUCAAGAACGCAGAUUCCUUUCACAAAUGCAAAAUUGAAAAGUCUUGCAUAUUUUUGGUUAGUGAAUUAUAUCCAACACUUGAGGGAAUUGGAAAAUCUUCAAUGCAUUUUGAAACCUCGAAAAAGUUUCUAUUCUCUUCGAAAAAGCUGAAAAUAAGCUGUAAUUUUGCAAGAAAUGUUUUUAGAAUGUUUGAUGACGAUAUCGUUUUUAAUCUCCUCAUUGACAAUGAAUCAUCAAAAACCGUCAACAAAAUAGUAAUCGAGCUCAUACAAUCGUUUAAGCAUAUAGAUUCUGAUGAAAAGGAAAAUGACAGCUCUGCCAUUAAAAUUUUUGAAUCGAAAACAGAACAAGUUGAGGAAACUGUGAUGUUUCAGAAACAAUUUGAUGAACCUGUCGAACCUGAAGCAAAAUUGGAAAAGAAGGUGAUAUUUGAAAUACCAUCUUAUCGUGACAUGUCAUCAGAAGUUAAUGUUAAGAAGACUGAGGGUAGCAAACCAAUCAAUGAGCAAUAUGAUGCUUUUGAAAACAGAAAGUAUUGGCUUCCAAGCGUCAACAAUUCCAAACUCAUUCACGUCUCAUACGCUAUUAAGGUUACUUGUAUGGUUUCUUCAUUUGUUGGUCCUGAUGUUGUGUUGUCAUGUCCCCUCUAUAUUAAGCCCUCGGUGACAGGUCUUCAUUACCCCAAGAAGGAUUAA